AUGAAAUACGCCCGUUGUCCACAUAGCCAGGCCAUUCCUUGCACCCAGUACGUGCCAUUAGAUGGUCCAGUCGUGUUCACAGGGGCACCUUCUCCUCCUCCAGUGGUCCGGUUGCAUGGUUCAGCUGUUUCCGGCAUCAGCUGGGGGCCUGUAAGGGUAAGCAUCGUAGUCAAGGUAACCAAGAAGGUCCACCUUCCCAUGGCUGUGUACAGGUCCGUCACACCCUACUGCUUGGCUUGCCUGAAGCCUCAGCAUCUGUCAGCAUUUGCACAUGUCAGCUCAGACCCACGAGCACAGCACUACAGCAAGGUGAUACAGAGACGGGCUGCAGGACGCACCGACAGGACCAGAGUCAGGAAUCAGCGCUAUGCUGCCCUCAGGGCUCUGCAGAAGGACGGCCAGUACUUCAGUGAAGAACAGAUGCGAAUGAGGGAGCCGCUGCUGUACGAACAGUAUAUUGGCCAGUACCUGACAGAUGAAGAGGUGAGUCCUGUUUAUCUUGUGUUUUAUAUGGGGGAGCCGGGGCAAGGUACAGGAGGACUUGCCAAUCUGCUCCUCAACUCCUACCAGGAACGACUCAUCCAAAAUCGUCUGCAGGAGGAGCAGGAGAAGGAAGACGGCGCACUGGAGGAAGAAGAGGAGGACGACGACUACGAUGACAGAGACCAGCAGAAGGAAUGGGAGCCGACCCCGGAGGAGAAGGCUCUUCUCAGAGAGGAGUUCAUCAGUCAGAUGCACCAGCGUUUUCUAGAUGGCAAAGACAAGGAUUUCAACUAUAGGGAGGUGGAUGAGAAUCCAGACUAUGACAACUUGGACAUUGUCAACAGAGAUGCAGAGGAUAAAUAUUUUGAUGACGAUGAUGACGAAGAAGAGGAAGAGGAGGAAGAAAAUAUGACAGAAUAGCACCUGUGUUAUUAAUAACUGAAUGAACUGUAAAUAUAAAUGUACAAAAAGAGUUUCCAUUUUAGUUUGACACAUGAACACAAACAAAAGAUGUAAUAAACAUGUUUUUGGGUCUUUUGAAAA